CUCCCGCCUCUGAAGAGCGCGCCGCGAAGGGGACUGGCCGGUUACUUCCUCCGCCGGCGGCACGGAGCGCAGCGCGUCCCCGGCCCCGAGCGCCCGGCGCCGCCCGCCUGCGUCCGGCCAGCGCCCCGGCCCCCGGCCCCCGGCCCCGUCGCCCUCGCCCGCGUCCGCCGCGCAGCGCGGAGCCCGGCCCGGAGCCACCGCCAGCCCUGCCCGAGGCGGCGCGAUGAAUGAUUUUGGAAUCAAGAACAUGGACCAGGUAGCCCCUGUGUCUAACAGUUACAGAGGGACCCUCAAGCGCCAGCCAGCUUUUGACACCUUUGAUGGGUCCCUGUUUGCUGUUUUCCCCUCUCUAAAUGAAGAGCAAACACUCCAGGAAGUACCCACAGGCUUGGAUUCAAUUUCUCAUGAUGCGUCCACCUGUGAAUUGCCUCUGUUAACGCCGUGCAGCAAGGCCGUAAUGAGUCAAGCCUUAAAAGCUACCUUCAGUGGCUUCAAGAAGGAGCAGCGCCGUCUUGGCAUCCCAAAGAACCCCUGGCUGUGGACUGAGCAGCAGGUAUGCCAGUGGCUUCUCUGGGCCACCAAUGAGUUCAGCCUGGUGAACGUCAAUCUCCAGAGGUUCGGCAUGAAUGGCCACGUGCUGUGCAACCUGGGCAAGGAGCGCUUUCUGGAGCUGGCACCCGACUUCGUGGGCGACAUUCUCUGGGAGCAUCUGGAGCAGAUGAUCAAAGAAAACCAAGAAAAAACAGAAGAUCAGUAUGAAGAAAACUCACACCUCAACUCGGUUCCUCAUUGGAUUAAUAGCAAUUCACUAGGCUUCGGCGUGGAGCAGGCAGCGUACGGCGUGCAGACACAGAGCUUCCCCAAAGGCAGCCUCCUGGACGUGUGUCCGUCAUCCUCCGCACCCAGCACGCUGGGUUCUGAGCAGGAGCUUCAGAUGCUCCCCAAGUCCCGACUCAACACCGUCAGCGUCAGUUACUGCCCCGUCAGUCAGGACUUCCCGGGCGGCAACUUGAACCUGCUCGCUGGCGGUUCCGGAAAGCCCCAGGACCGCGACUCCCCCGAGAGUGGCAGGGACAGCUUCGAGAGCUCGGACUCCCUGCUGCAAUCCUGGAACAGCCAGUCGUCCUUGCUGGAUGUGCAGCGGGUGCCUUCCUUCGAGAGCUUCGAGGAUGACUGCAGCCAGUCCGUGUGCCUCAGCAAGCCGACCAUGUCCUUCAAGGACUACAUCCAGGAACGGAGUGACCCGGUGGAGCAGGGCAAACCAGUCAUACCUGCGGCAGUGCUGGCCGGCUUCACAGGAAGCGGACCUAUUCAGCUGUGGCAGUUUCUUCUGGAAUUGCUCUCUGACAAAUCCUGCCAGCCCUUCAUCAGCUGGACUGGGGACGGAUGGGAGUUCAAGCUUGCUGACCCCGAUGAGGUGGCCCGCCGGUGGGGGAAGAGGAAGAACAAGCCCAAGAUGAACUACGAGAAGCUGAGCCGGGGCUUGCGCUACUACUACGACAAGAACAUCAUCCACAAGACGUCGGGCAAGCGCUACGUGUACCGCUUCGUGUGCGACCUGCAGCACUUGCUGGGCUUCACCCCCGAGGAACUGCACGCCAUCCUGGGCGUCCAGCCCGACACGGAGGACUGAGGCCUGUGUGGCCCUGCCCUGAGCCGGCCCCGCCCUCGGGGGCCUCCCCGGGGACCCUGACGGUCGGCCUUGAUCGCGUCCGGGAACGUCGCCGAGAAGCAGUGGCCUUAUUUCAUCCGAAACCGUGGGUUUUCCACCACCAAAAAGCAUGGUUUCUCACUUGUAAAGCCUGCUGACUUGGAAGAUGCUGUUUCUGAUGCUGUUAACGUUAGACCGGCCGAGAAAGAAGAGGCCGGGACUGAGCAGGCUGGGUGAUGGGGACGUUCAGGCUUCUGGAGAGUCCCGAAGGAGCGAGCCUGUCUUGAGCACACGCGUUUUGGGGUUUGCUUUUUUUUCCCGGCAUUUGCUUUUGGCCUCUGACAGCCAGGAGUCACAAAGGCAGAAGUGGUCCGUUCGGUUCGGAGAGACGGAGGGGGCCGCGCAGGGAGACCGUGGCGCCGUUUCAGAAGCCAGUCUGUAUAUACAACUGUAAUCUUAUCGUUGUGGUCCAAGUCCUCUAACGGUCCUAUUUAACAAAAACUGUAUAUUGUAAUUUAAGAUGCUUCUGUAAGCGUAUGUGAAACGACGGUGCAGACGCCCGGCAUUUACUCCGCUUUCCAAAAACCCGUGGCGCCUUCUGCGAACACCGCGUCUGCCCGGCCAGACGAAGGAGUUGUAAAGAUGUGUAUUAUUUCCAUUUAAUAUGCCUACAGGUAUAAGUUCGAAGAGGGUCAGUCCCUUGGUUGUGUUUUGUUCUGCCCGGAUUAUUAUCCAGCAAGGACUUUGUACAUUUGGGAAUUUUUAUAAAAAACACUUAAUGUUAUUAUCUGGAGGCGCAUUUAGCCUCUGCUUUCUCCUUAAUUGUAAUGUAAAAGCUAUAAAGCAGUAUUUUUCUUGACAAAUGGCAUAUGUUUUCCAUUUCUGUGCAUGCCUUUAAAUCAGUUUAUAUGCAAAACUUAUUUUAUUUUUUAGUUCGACUGUGUUUCCCCAACAACUAACGUCCCCUGACCGACCGUUUCCUUCCCAUGCUCCACCUCCGCGCCCCAAAUUAUUCUGUAUGAUUAAAAUAAGAAUGCUAUUUUUGGAAAUAUGUGGCUCCUUUUCAGAGAUCAGGAGGGAUUUAUAUAGCAGCUAUUUUUACUGCAGAAGCAGUUCACUGGAAAAAAAAUGUAGUUUGUACGAAAGCUUUAUUUUUAUCUGCACUCCACGUGAAGUUAAACCUAUUGUACAGAGCUGAAGGUUGGGGCCGGUGGGGGAGGGGAGGGGGACCUCCACGAAAUCACUUGGUCAUGAACGCAACGCCAUUUUUCCCGGCCUUACUCACCUGUCGGGCCGCGGGCUGUCUGGACACGAUCCUGUUCCUUUCUGCUCGGUGCCCACAGCGGGACAGGUCUUUGUUCCUAUUUUCGUGGAAGCUGAAUGCCCAGAGGGCACAGAAAAUGGGAAGGAGAAUCCCUCGGAGGGGUCGACUUGCAGAAAGAUUUUUCUCACGAUGGAAACUUUUGUGGUUGAUUCGAAGGAGCGCAUAAGUGUGCAUGCAGUCAGGACGCUUGUAAAUGACCAAGUCGACCUGGUUUCAGAGCCUCACGGGCUUCGCUCGCAAUGUGAGAGGCCGCUGGGAGCAGUGGCUGCCGGCCCUGGAGAAGAGUCCAUCCACGUAAUGAGACCUUAGGUGGUGGAGGCAGCUGGGAAGAGCAAUGCCGGAGCUGGGAGACUCAGUCUCAGUACUGGAGCUGGGGCCUCAGUCUCAGUACUGGAACUGGGGGACUCAGUCUCAGUACCAGCUCUGGGGGACUCAGUCUCAGUACUGGAGCUGGGGGCUCAGUCUCAGUACUGGAGCUGGGGGACUCAGUCUCAGUACCAGCUCUGAGGGACUCAGUCUCAGUACUGGAGCUGGGGGACUCAGUCUCAGUACCGGCUCUGGGGGACUCCAUCUCCAUGCUCAUGUGAGACCGUUUCCAGUGUCUUUGAACACAGGAUGUUUUCUCAAGUGGGACAUGUUUAUUGCUCAGACAUCCGUUCAUAACAUCAGCAGACAUGUGACUGGGAACAUCCUUCUGCCAAAGGGGAUCUUAGUCCUCGGCUCAUUUUAUAUGGGGUUAAACCACGUGAAAUUGCCAGUAUUUGACUUUUUUAGCUUACAAAGUAGUCAGUUUCGUGUGGUUCAACCUUAGUUACAGAGACCAAAGUCCAUUAUAAACCUUUGGUGUGGGCAGGAACAGAACCUAACUAGAAAGAUUUUGUAACCUGGCCUUUUCUCUCUCAAAUAAUAAAGUAUUUUGUUUAUAAAUAC